AUGGCACAAAGCAUCCCUCAGACUGUCAAGCAAUGGAACGUCAAGGGCGAAGGCAGCUUUGACGAGCUCAAAUUUUCCGAGCAGCCUCUGCCACAGGUUGGCGAUAGCCAGGUCCUUGUCAAAAUUCAAGGCGCUUCUCUCAAUGCCCGUGAUGUCAUUCCCGGCUCUGAUGGUGCCGGAACUGUCCUAGCCAUCGGAAAUAACGUCACACGAUUCAAGCCAGGCGAUCAUGUUAUCACUCUCUUCAACCAAGGCCACAUCGGCGGGUCUCUCAAUGGCCUAAGCAUCGGCACGGGCCUCGGGGGGACCAUUCAUGGCACCUUCCGGACCGCUGGUGCCUUUGAUGAGCAAGGUCUUGUUCACAUGCCCCCAAACCUCAAUUUCGUUGAGGCUGCCACCCUCACUUGUGCUGGCUUGACGGCAUGGAACGCUCUCUUUGGUCUCUCCGACAAAAAAGUGCUUCCUGGUCACUGGGUACUCACUCAGGGUACCGGCGGUGUUAGCAUCUUCGCCUUGCAGUUCGCCAAGGUGGCUGGUGCUCGGGUUAUCGCUACGACUGGCUCUAACGCAAAGGCCGAGAUUCUUAAGAAGCUCGGUGCUGACUAUAUUAUUAACUACAGGGAGACUCCUGAAUGGGGCGCCAAAGCAAAGCAGAUUACCGGAGGAGCAGGUGUCGACCACGUUGUUGAAGUCGCUGGGCCAACCUCGAUGAAACAGUCUCUCGCCAGUAUCAAAAUCGAUGGUGUUAUCACCAUCAUCGGGUUCGUUGGUGGCACCGAUAAAGACCAGCCUGGCUUCCUAGAGAACUUGACCCACGUAUGCACUACUCGCGGUAUCCUUGUUGGAAGCAGGGUUCAGAUGGAAGAGAUGUGUGCUGCUAUCGAGGCGAAUCCUAAGACUCUCCGUCCCGUUUUAGAUCCAAAGGUAUUCACCCUUGAUCAGCUGAAAGAGGCUUAUGAGUAUCAGUGGUCAGGCAAGCACCAGGGCAAGGUUGGCAUCAAGAUUGAGUAA